CAAUCCCCGCCCAGGAAAAUUCACGUCUGUAGCCCCGUCACAAACCUCUCGAAUUUGACGAUAUCACACCUUUCGACUCUUCUGUCUCAGCGCCAACCCAUCUCGACAGACAGAUCAGCCCCCCGACCGACAAGAUGGCGGACGUCGACACCCCCGUCACCCUGCGAACUCGCAAGUUCAUCCGUAACCCCCUGCUUGGCCGUAAGCAGAUGGUCGUUGAUAUCCUCCACCCCGGCCGUGCCAACAUCUCCAAGGAUGAGCUCCGCGAGAAGCUCGGCUCCUUGUACAAGGCCACCAAGGACCAGAUCAACGUCUUCGGUCUCCGCACCCAGUUCGGUGGCGGCAAGACCACUGGUUUCGCCCUUGUCUACGACUCCCCCGAGGCCAUGAAGAAGUUCGAGCCCCACUACAGACUGGUCCGCGUUGGCUUCGCCAGCAAGAUCGAGAAGGCCAGCAGACAGCAGCGCAAGCAGCGCAAGAACCGCCAGAAGACUCUGCGCGGAACGGCGAAGGUCAAGGGUGCCAAGAAGAAGAAGGAAUAAGCGGUUCGCCCUUGUUGCCUGGGGUCAGGCCAACAAAACGAGGGGAUUCCCCGGAUCAUCCGCAAGAGACCGUGGGGCGGCGUUGGUGGAACAAUCAAAAAAGAACAAUUCAAAAUGUCGUCUUGGGCCAAUGUGGUUGUUUCUUCCGCUGGGGGGAUGUCCUUUCAUUUUUCCGAAAUGGGGAGUUUGU